AUGAAAUCAGCCGACAUAGACUACAGACAUACAAAACAAGCUGCGUUGGUUAUGCAAGCUGACUACAAAGGAGAUGUUAAACAUGAGCUAGAUGACGAACAAUCGCAAGCUAUAUCUCAUAUAACAUUCGACCCUGGUCAGAACUCCAUAGCAUACAUAGGAUCGCAAGUUGAACAGCUAGUAGGGGCGUCACAGAUGACAAUGUUAGGUAGUGCUGAACAAACAGCUUCACAGGUAUACUGUUACUUCAGUAUGAGAAAGUGUUAUGUCGGCACAAAAACAAUCACCAACGCUACCGAGUUAGGGCAAAUCUCCUAA